GUAUAACCCCCUAUUUUGUAAAAAUGGGUAAUACCCAAGACAAAGAAAAUGCUUUGAAAGGCGAUGCCAAAUUUAUGUCCAAAAUUCACCCAGGAAUUGAAAAUUGGCUAACACGAUGGAAAGAUAAGUUCGAAUUUGAAGGCAAAUUAACAGUUCCUGGCUGUUCGAAAUUGUUACGCGACAUAAUGAUGCACCACUCGAAAAAGAAAAAUGGUAUAAAAACACAGCACCAAAAAAGAAAUUGAUGCAGCUAAAUUAUGGUUGGAGGAGGCAAGAAAGCGCGAAAAUAAAAUAAAAGAACGGAAAAAAUGUACCGUAGCGUAUGUAAAAGAAGAAGACAAUAUGCCUUGCACCUCACCACCUCCUUACAACGGACCACAACCACAAGCAGCUGUGGGUAAUGCCUCCGUGGCCGCACCGUCGCCCGCUGUGGCUCCACAGCCCCUGUAUCCCUCGCUGAGACGAGGACGGUCUCUAGAUAGAGAAGCCCCCAAAACACGGUCACGGCGCACUAAAGACAACCCGAUGUGGGAUUGGUCCCCUAGGAUGGACGGAGGGGUGGGAAAAGUAUUAAGUGAAGAAAAAACAUCAGCCGCUGCACAUACACAUCUGUAUGACGAUGACGUCGAUGAUUUUGAUUAUGAUGACAAAACGCCAAGCUGGCCUCCACAGCCGCCUAAAAUAAACACGUUCCCAAUGGUAGAAUUACCUAAUCCAACAUUUAGGCCAGGCGAACAAGAAACUGCUGACAACCGUCGAAUAAUGCAUGUCUACAGGACAUGGACCCAAGAGGACGUGAAGAAGGCAAUUGAGGGAGUAGCCUCUCACAAAGCACAGAUUGACAAAUUCUGCGACGAAAUGAAAAAUAUAAUACUUGUGUACCACCUGAAUGGUUUCGAGGUCGAAAGGAUGUUCCGCUGUAAAAUGGGCUCCGAUUGGAGCCGCGUGAAAGACAGUUUUGUAGCCCAUACAGGUGGUACAGCAUAUGCCCCCGGCUCCAUGGAACUAAAUCAACAAGUUCAGAACUUAGAGGAUAAAUGUAGACUAGUGUUCAAAAAACAUUGCGAUUACACCAAAAUAUAUGCCACAAUACAAAAAGAUAAUGAGGACGUUUGGGAGUUUAGAGACAGAUUUGAAAAAGUGUUUAAAGCCUAUAGUGGUUUAAAAACAGAUACUGAAGACAAUAAGAACAUUUAUGAACAACAAUUAAAACAAGCAUUGCUCCAGAGUUUCAGGCCAGAGAUAAAAGGUUGGAUAGAAAAACAUUUUGUCUCCUUUAGGACAGCAGCUAUGCCAGAGUUUAUGGAACAAGCUAAACACGCAGAGAAGACAGCACAAAACAAGAAGAAAGAGAAGGAAAAGAAAGAAUCAGGGAAAUUGGUAGAAGCAUUUGUAACGGCAGUGCAAGGAACAGGAGGACAAACAGGCAGAGGCCGAGGCCGAGGCAAUAGCAGAGGAAGAGGAGGACAGGGUGAAAAUAAGCCAGGACGUAGAGAUUAUGAGAAUGAGGGUGAUGAUAGUAACAAGUGUUACAAGUGUGGGGGUCGAGGGCAUUGGGCCCGUGACUGCCCCAGUGAGGAUAAGAAAGGACAAAAAUAUGAUCAGGAUCAAUAUGACAAUUGACUAGGAAAUGGAGAAGGGGAAGAGCUAGAAAUAUGUGAAGAAUUUCUAGACUUAGCUGAUGUGUGUUUAUAUGAAAAACCAGAGAAAGUGAUACAUAUUAAUGGCAAACCUGUAAUCUUUUUAUGUGAUACUGGAGCAUGCAGAACUGUAAUGAAAGACAUAGAUGGCCUGCAAAAAACAGAUCAAGCUAUUCUCGUAAAAUCAGCCAACAGUCAUGUGCAAAAACAAUAUUUCAGUGAGCCUGUGGCUGUCAAGCUGACAGAAACAGGAAGCACUGUUUUCGCCCCUGUAGUCAUGGCCCCUGGCUGUCCCUACAACCUGUUAGGACGAGAUUUAAUGGUAAAAUUAAAAUUAGCCAUCUAUCCAAAUCUACAGGGGGGUAUGGAGGCUAGGACAUGUGAUGAAAUUGACAUACACUUAGUCGAGGGGAAAAAUACGCCGUAUUACGUCUGGGCCCUAGAACCUUCGCACCAGGACCCAGGAAAAACAAUAGAGACGAUAGUACAAAAGGUUAAGGAAAGAAUUAACCCACUGGCUAGUCUGAUACCCCCUGACGAAUUAAGAAUUGACCUAAGACGCAAACCUACACCUGGGCCAGACCCAGAGUAUGACAAACUAGUGCAUA